AUGAGCUUUCUCCGCCCCUUCAGAUCCCCGCUUCGGCCGCUCGACUGGACAACGACAAGUUCCCCCGUCCGUCGGCGGGUCCAACUAUCGUAUCUAGCCCUCUACUCCAUACGCCGUCAUAUCUUUACCUCACCCCGUUGCUCUUCUCCUUCUCAAUUCCACCGCUCUGAUUUCACCAACCAGCCUUUCACUGGCAGCUAUGAGCCGGGCCUCCCCACUUCCGGCCCAUUGGGCUCCGCACCCUCCUUUGGUGCACCUCACUUGACUCCUAAAAUACUCAAACAACAUCUGGAUCAAUUUGUGGUUGGUCAGGAUAGAGCUAAGAAGGUGUUGAGCGUGGCUGUUUACAAUCACUAUCAACGGGUGCAGGAGUUACAGAGGCAGGAGGAAGAGAAAGAGGAAUUGAAGGCACAACAAGCACGUCGUGAGUCUGUGGAGGGACAUCCUGUAGAGACUGAAUUUCCAGGUCAGCAACGGACCAUUCAUACCCAAAGAACUACCAAUGAUGACAUAGCGCGAUCAGGACCGCUCCCCAUCGACUCAUCUCCCUUGACGCUCGAGAAGUCUAAUAUCCUAUUGCUUGGCCCAUCUGGCGUAGGCAAGACUCUGAUGGCCAAAACCUUAGCUCGUGUGCUGUCUGUACCGUUCAGCAUAUCUGACUGCACUCCAUUUACACAAGCUGGAUAUAUUGGAGAGGAUGCGGAUGUAUGCGUCCAUAGAUUACUAGCUGCUGCCAAUUACGAUGUAGCCCAGGCAGAAUGGGGCAUCAUCUGCCUUGACGAGGUCGACAAGCUCGCUGCUGCAAAAGUUAGCCACGGGAAAGAUGUGAGCGGCGAAGGAGUCCAGCAAGCUUUGCUAAAGAUCAUUGAAGGCACAACUGUUCAGAUUCAAGCCAAGCCAGAGCGAAAUGCUUCCCGUUCCGGUGGAUCGCACAAUUCCAGCCCAAGCACCACCGGUAGCAAUUUUGGAGGAUCGUCCUUCUCUUCAGCCCCACCAGGACUCCCUGGCAAGCCUGAAGUUUACAAUGUGCGGACAGACAACAUCCUUUUCAUUUUCUCGGGUGCGUUCGUAGGCCUGAACAAAAUGAUCAUGGAUCGGAUAUCGCGUGGCUCCAUUGGGUUCGGCCAACCUAUACGGGCAUCAUCAAACUCGUUUAGUUCCCACAAUUCUUCGCAUGCAGUUUCUACAGCACCUAUUCCAAUCCUUCCCGGCUCUGAGGAGGAAGCCCUAUAUAAGAAGCAUCUCCCUUUCUUUACCCCUGCACCGUUACCGUCUGGGUCAGGUUCGCCUGACGAAGAACCGACGUACUUUAACCCGCUUGACCUCCUUACACCCGUCGACCUCCAAACCUACGGCUUCAUCCCAGAGCUUGUUGGCCGCAUUCCCGUAAUCACAGCUCUUUCUCAGCUUACCCACCACCUCCUGCUCCGCAUCCUAACAGAACCGCGCAACUCAUUACUCGCCCAAUACACCACACUCUUCUCAUUGUCGGGUAUUGAACUCCGAUUCACGACGCCAGCCCUUCACAAAAUAGCGAGUAACGCCAUGUCAAUGGCGACGGGCGCACGCGGGCUGCGUACGGAAAUGGAGAUGAUCCUAGGCGACGCCAUGUUCGAGGCACCAGGCUCCAGCGUGAAAUUUGUCCUCAUUACCGAGGCCGUUGCUGCACGAAAGGAGAAAGCCGUAUACCUCGCCCGUGGUCAGGGUGGCAAGUUCCAUGCGAUGAUCGCCGCAGAAGAAGGCGAGUGGGAGGAGAAGAUAAGGAAACAGAAGGAGGGGGCCGGGGAUAAUAAGAAUAAUGACAAUAGUUUUGAGCAGUGGAGGCUGCGUGCUAGAACGGAUACCGCUGUUGGGGGGUUUUCAUGACGGACGGCGACACGAUACAUACUUUUCUAUAAGGGUUGGUUAUGCUAUGGGAAGACAUCACUGCUUGCUCUCUAAGAUCUUGGGUUCUUUGCUACAAGAAAGACGGGGUGGAAUUCCAUGUUCAGAUCGGAGGGCCCCUUUUGUCUUUUCUUUUUUGAACCGGGACUCAAACCAGUCAUCAUUCCUCAGUACGAAGGGUUGCAUACAUAUGCUCUUUGUCCCCUUGGUGGUUUAAUUUUAUCCCUCAUCGAUCACCCAUUCAAGAUUUCUCAGAGAGCUUCGUUUGAGUGAUUUUCUCACUAUUUAUGUUUCUCCCGUUUCUUUCCCUUUCCGAAUCCUUCCCUCCCCUCAUGACUACUUUACUUUACGUCUUCCGAUGGGAUAAUCGGCGUGUUGUUUUAUGUGUUCAUGACAAAUGCUUCGUUUUCCGUUCGUUUCUUUCUCUUUCGUUCUCUUUCGCUUUCACAUUUUAAACCUUCACGGUUCACGGGUUGCGUUCCUUACCCUUGGUUUACCAUCCUUAUUUUUGAACUCCACGACUAAGCUGCAUUUGUUUUUGCUCAGCAUAAUUCAACAUGAACAGUAGCUAGUUACUUGCAUAACUAGACUAUCCAUUGGAAUGCUGCGCUGAUAGCAUUUCUUGUUUCCCCACUCUAAUAUGGUACUUAA